AUGGAGCAGAUACUCAGGAACCAGUUCCUACAAGAUCACAGUGAUCCCAAGAACUCCCUGGAUGCCUUCACCCAGUUCGGUGCCAACUCUGUGAUGGGCUGCAUCAACUCUCUGACCCCCAACAUCGUGUAUAUUAUUAAGGCUGAGGCUAUGGAAAAUGGCCUGACUGUUCAGAGCCAGGCUGAGGUUGGAGAGACCAUCGAUGAGUCAGUGUCUCCUACAAGACCUUUAGCGGUUGCAGCGCCCGAGCUCAACUCCACCUCACCCAGCAAUGACACCAUCAGGGUGUGGUGGGAGCCAGUGGUCCACGCUGUCCUGUACACAAUCAACAUCAUCAUGGAGGGCUCAGAAAGCAGGGUGACGCUCAACACCACCGGCCCCAGCGUCACCUUCCCUGGUCUGGAGGCCGGGACCCCCUACUGCAUUAAGGGCAACUCCCGAGGAAACACCUGUGACGUGCUGGAGAUCAUGUGUGGAGACAUCUACAAAGUAGUGCUGGCCCCUCUCACCCGGGACGGAGCCAUAGUCCAGUUCUGCCCACAGAGGAUGUACUCAGUGGAGUACAGCUGUACCAGCGGCACAGCCAUGGUAUCCUGGGCCCGAGUGUUCGGAGCAGACUCGUACAGAGCAGUUGCUACCGGCAGCGGCAGGACCGUCCUAUCCUGCACUUCUCAGGGCACAGAGUGCCAGAUCACAGGGGUGGGCUGUGGAGAGGAUUACAUGGUGCAGGUCACCGCUGUGUCCAAGAGCUGUGAGAGCAAAGUAAACACCACCUCACACUUUGUCACAGGUAAGGACACUGAGACCAAGGAGGUAUACUUUUGGACAGUCCCCUGUCCUCCCAAGAAUCUCAACCUGUACCGUGAGUGUUCCAGCAACGUGAUCAUCUUCUCCUGGGCUGCCACCAACAACACGGCUCACUACAGGGCCAGGGCCGUGGACUCAGAGGGAGAAACCAUGGACUGUAUGACCUUAGACACUUCCUGUUUCUUCACCAACACUGUGUGUGGCCGUCGUUACACCUUCACUGUCUACUCUGUCAGUAGCGGGUGCAACAGCCAGGCCAGCCCACCAGUAGCAGUCCGCACCGCCCCCUGUAUGCCUCAGAACUUGUUAUCCUCAGCCAACUGUCGGUCUGAAGUCCUGACCAGUACAUGGGACCGUGCUGAGGGGGCUCUGGCCUACACGGUUGAGGCAUGGGGAAACAAGGAUGAAAGCAACCGCUACAACUGCAGCUCCUUCACCAACAGCUGUGCCAUACCCUCGGUGCAUUGUGGGGAGAGUUUAACCAUGUACAUCACAGCUUUCGAUGACAACUGCCCCAGCUACAGGACUCUGGGACAGGUGGCUGAGACAGCAACGGAUGACGCUGGCGUGGUUCACACCUGUAACUCCAUGGAUACCAAGUGUCAGAUCAAGGGCCUCCGCUGCAGCUCCACCUACAACGCCUUCGUCACUGCAACAAACCUCAAGUGCAACAGCUCCAACAGCGAGAUAGUCACCAUAAAGACAGCCUCCUGCCUUCCGGACCACAUCGAGGCCUUCCUCGACUGUGCGGCGAACCACGCUCUGAUUGUGUGGCAAAGCCAUCACAGUAUACUCUCCUACACAGCCACCAUUGAGGACACGGAGGGAGGCCUUCUCAGCUGCAGCACCACAGGAAACAACUGCACUGUCCCCAGCCUGAAGUGUGGCCAGCUCUACUCUGUCUCCGUCAUGCACCAUGACGGCAUCUGCCCCAGCAUACCCUCCCAGGCCAUCACCAUGGAGUCAGUCCCAUGCGGGCCUGCCAACGUACAAACUGAGAUGGAUUGUGGGUCUGGAACGCUGACGGUAAGCUGGGACACGUCGCUGCGUGCGUUAGGUUACACCACCAUCAUCUCCCACGGCAACAGAGAGCAGGUGACCUGUAACUCUACGGCAACCAGCUGUAGCGUGGACACACUGGACUGUGGAGAGGAGUAUGUUGUGGAGGUUAUGUCUGUUAACAGAUCCUGCCUCUCUAAGCCCAGUCAGGCCAUGGUCAUCAGGGAAGUGCCCUGUGUGCCCACUAACGUGACAGUGCAUCGUACCUGUGGAGAGAGCCCUGUAGCCGUCACCUGGGACGCCAGCCGUGGGGCCAAGAUCUACACUGCCAUCGCCAUAGGCAACAGCGGCCACCGUACGGAGUGCACGUCCAACGACACCACCUGUAGUCUGGAGGAUUUGCUGUGUGGUCAGACGUACAGCCUCAGUGUAUUGGCUGUGGACGACGCCUGCUCCAGCACGGAGAGCAGCAUGGUCACCCUACAGACAGGUAAAGACGGACUGGGUGGACUGUGGCAGUAA